AGUCCAAAAAACCACAAAGAAAAUUUGCUGAUAAGGUUUUUUUGUGUUUUUUUUUGUUUUUUUUUGCAGAGGCUAAGUUUGUGAAGUAGCCAAUUUUUUCAUCAACUCUUGGGACUCAUGGGGACUCCAGAAGCACCAAUCAGCAACCCAGCACACAAGAUCAUCGCCGUCGCCGCCGGCGAAGCUCACAUUCUCGCUCUUUCAGGAGAUGGGAAGGUAUAUUCAUGGGGAAGAGGCACAUUUGGGCGACUUGGCAACGGUUCUGAAUCUGAUGAGAAUUUCCCGGUGCCAAUUAAAUGGGAAAAUGGUGGUGAUUUGCAAAUUGAAGAGUGUCCAAACUUUGUUGGGGUUGCUGCUGGUGCUUAUCAUAGUCUUGCUCUUGCUGAUGAUGGAUCUGUUUGGUGCUGGGGCUACAAUACCUAUAGUCAGCUCGGAUUUGAUGGAGAAAAUGUGUCCGUUCCUCGUCAGUUAGAUAAGUUACUGCAAUUGAAUUCACCCGUAUCUCUUGGUGAUGAUUCAGAGGGAAAGAGUAAAAAUCCACUGAAGGUUUGUGCAGUUGAAGCCGGUGGAAUGAUGUCACUAGCAAUUGACAACCUUGGGGUACUCUGGUUGUGGGGAAAUAUCCCACAACAAAGAAGUCCUGAUGACGAUACAUUCACACUCGAGAGUGUUCCAACUCCAAUCCCCAUGUACGAUUUUUACGGUCACACGGUUGUUAAGGUGGCAUGUGGAAAUGAACAUGUUGUUGCACUAGUAAGUGCUGGUGAAAAACACACUGGUGAUGACCUUGUGUGUUACACUUGGGGUAACAACAAUCAUGGUCAACUAGGGUUGGGAGAUACAGUGAGCAGAUCACAUCCUCAAGCUGUUGCACAGUUCGGCAAGGGAUCUGCUUGGAGAGCUUAUGAUGUAGCAUGUGGAUCUUUUCACACCGUUGUACUUACUCUCAAGAAGCGGCCAAGUGAUACAUUAGAAAGUGUCUGUUGGACAUUUGGCCUUGGAGAAAACGGUCAGCUAGGACAUGGUACAACCCAGAGUACCUCACUCCCUGAACCUGCUAGAGAAUUGCCAGAAAAUGCAUAUUUUGUUUCGGUAGAUUGUGGAUUGUUACAUACAAGUGUAGUUUCAUCUGCUGGGGAAGUGUGGUCAUGGGGGAUGGAAAAGGGUCUAGGGCUUUGCCCUGAUGUGAGUUUUUCGGGUGUAGAUCACGGAGAUGCGAUCUUGCCGCUGAAGUUCUUAUGCAAUGGGCCUCAUGGGCCCAAUUUUCCUGACCCUGUAGAAGUUGCUUGUGGGGCAGCCCACACUGUCGUUGUUGCAGAUGAUGGUUACAAGCUUUGGUCUUGGGGAAGAGGAAGGAGUGGAGUUCUUGGUGAUGGUAAGGUUAGUGAUUCUUAUUCUCCAACAAUGGUUUUGUGGCCCCCACUAUUAGAAGAUUUCAGGGACGGUCUGAAUCCUACUGACAUAGAGUCAAAGAAGCCUAAAGAAGAAGGUGAGGUAACAGAGGUGGAUAAGAAGUUGACUUCGGCAAUGGAAGAGAUGAAACUUUUGCAGUCAAAACUUUCGGUGAUGGAACGGUAUGUAAGCAUUCUUCAUGGGUCACUGUUUGGGAAGCCUUUUGAAGAGAGAGAUAUUCCAGCUUCAUUGAUCGAGUCUGAUUCUUUUGACGUUGGAAAAGCAUGGAAGAGUAUGUUAGAGGUAGCAGACGGUAAAGAGCUAAGGCGUUUAGAAAUGUUUUACGGAAAUAUGGUUGAUGGGGUAAAGGAUAAGAUAAUGAAGAGGAAGAUUGAAGAUAUUGUGAGGGAGUAUCUUAGUACUCAACAUUGAUCUGCAGAAAGUGAAAAAGGCUCGAGAAGAAUAAACGUUUGCAAGCUAUUUUGUCAUUUGGAAAUCGCGAUAAAAAUGCAGAGGUUACGCUGUUAAUAAACACAAAUAUAUCAAUAAGUUGGCUAGCUUUGCUUGUGAUUACAGGGAGCUUUGCAGGUACGCCAACAAAUUUACUGUAUUUCUGUAAAAUCAUUGCAGUAUGUCAGAUUGUCAGUACUCAGCAUGUAUAAUACGUAGUACAGAGUACGGAGUACAAGAUUGGUGAAAUUUGGUAAAAUUUUACAAUUAUGGUGGUGAUUUUUUAAAGUUGUUGUGUUGUAUACUUGUAUUAGAUGAUUCUGUUGUUUAUAUAUGCAGAAUUUGGCCCGGAUUGAUUUA